AUGUCACACCGCGGCGCUUCUUCGACACCGACACCUAAAAUGCGGCCCCCUCGAUUGGGCUUUCUCGUCGCCCUGGCCACCACCACCCUCUUCCUGCAGCCCACCCAUGCCUACGCCCCCGCCCACGGCGUGGAUUACCCCAUGCACCAACGCGCACGGUCGGCAUUCUCGGCCCUGGGCUCGGUCGGCGAUCAAUUCAAUCCGCUGGCGCCUCUCGACCCGGAGCAACACUUUCUCAACAACAGCAAGAGGGCAGAAGUACGCAGGGACGUCAGUGUCAGUCCAUAUCUUACGUACUCUUGCCCUAUUUUCGUGUGCACAUCGGCCGGGGCGCUGUAGAACCGUGGCGCCGUCCAGACGCCAACCGCGGAGACCGGGUCGUCCCACCCGCCGAUUCGCCCUCUUAUGGCGCAAAGCCAGAUGGCAAUGAGGGUGAUGGAAAGCACCGGCUGACGUGUUGAGGUCCAUCAAACAGACAACGCUUACCCAGGUGGAAGUUCCGCCGAUAUCCUUCUUCUGGACGACGCUCUCGAUCAACGACUCGGUGCGCGCAAUUCCGCAGUGCGCCGUCGUCAGGGUGGGCACAAUGGACAACCCAGGCUCGCCGGCCGUGACCGUUCCUCCGCUCUACUACGCCGUCACGCCCAUUGACUCGGGAUUUCUGGUCAGUGGACGCUUGCUUGCACCCUACAAAGCUGGGCCUGUCCGCUCCAGCCGCGCGUGCCUGGUGCGCAUCACCCCGGCCUCCGCGGCUGGCGGUCGCGGCGCGCGUAGCGCAGGGGCAAUAGAGGGAACGGCGAGCUGACACGUUGUCCCAUUCAUCCUCUGAUAACAAUCUCUUCGACUCCGCGUGUGAUGCUGCUCAACGACCGCAGCCGAUGGUGAAGUAUGGGGUCUCUAAUGUUGGGGGCAACUUUACAUAUACUGCCAAUCUGCCAGUCGUGAGUCUCUCCCCGCACUUCUUUCUUCUCCGAGCCCUUGGGACUAUGCACUUUCCUUAAAUGGAGCAUCCAGAUGCCUCCAUUUGCGUAAAAGGUCAAACGCCACAGCCCCUGACCAUACAAUUUCUCUCACCUCUUUGAUCCCUGGGUACAACUACCUAUACACAAACUCUACUGUUGCUCGCCAUGGCAUGUUGCAGGGCACAACAUUCUCGUUCGGGAUGCUCGACUCCAAUGGUACGAGCGGCGGCGCCGUCUACCCGCUGUGUGAGUCCCUUCUUUCGGCGUUCCGGAGCAUGCGCGGAGCUGGAGACAUCGACAGCAGGGCGCCGAGAGCACGCGUCCCAGGGCCAGACACGUUUGCGAACUUGAUUGGGUUACUUCAUUCCGCGUCCCUCGGGUGUUCGUGCCGAACCACUGUUUCUAUGCCCGGACUAACGUCAACUGUUGGAUUCUCGUUCGUGUAGACACCAUUGUUCCUGGAUUCUCAAACUGCACGCUACGGACCAAAGACAACCCCGUGCUCAGUUUCACUGUCAAUCCUCCCAACAAUCCCUGUCAAGAGUUCAAGGUCUCGAUCAAGAACGGGGUGGCCCCGUAUACUGUCGGUAUCAUUGCAGGGUCAGUCCUCUUACUUGGGCAUCGCAUGUGCCCAACGAACGUGACUGAUCGCUCGACGUUCGCGAUUACAUCAGGCAAUCGGGGAUGCUCGCGGCAGCGCUCAAUGUCAACUCGACCGACAUCUAUUUACAAAACGUCGUGCCUGCGGGGCAGAUAUUCAACCGUCAGUCAAUUCUCAUAGUCCGCGCCAAUCUGACCUGACGUGACACUGAUCCGUCUUGUUCGCCUGUGGGAGCGCAGUUUAUGUGUUCGAUGGUGCGGGCGCCUUUUCGCUGGCCUCUCCCAACAUAACAUCGGGACUGUACUUUUACUCCUGUCAGACGAUCUCAGACAAUAGCGGGACCACCGGUGGUGGCGGCGACUCGCCACCGAUCGGAGCCAUCGUCGGAGGGGUUGUGGGGGGCAUUAUCGGCGCAGCCCUCAUUGCUCUGCUAGCGUGGUGGUGGAUGCGACAGAGAUCGAACAAGGUCGAGGAGCAGUUCCAGACUCAACAGCACGUGUCGGAAUACACGAAUGUUGACGGCAGCAAACCCGCCGUCAGUCCUUUUAUUGUUUCGCCGCGCGAAGGCAAAUUGGACGAAAUGGAGUGGGACGCGUCGACUCGCAAAACCUCGCCAUCAAGACCGACCCAAGCUGGCGCCGAGUACGAUCACCCUUACUUGCAGCCAAUGAACCCGCACUCACCACCGCACAAAGCAUACGGCUUUUCUCCGCCACCUCUGCAAGUGCCCCUGCGAACGGGCAGUGGAUCCCCCGUUUCGCCGAUCACACCCGUUUCGUACAAUUCGACGGGGGCGGAGAGCAAUCGAUCGGGGCACGGGCGAGCAUUCAACUGGCCCGCGCCGUCCUCCUCAACUCGGGGAGCGAUGAGUCAUCAAGAAGCGUACGUGACCUCGACAGGGGGGUCGAUGCAUGAUCCACUGUCGGCGACAUCGUACUCGACAGCAGUAUCAUCGACUGGGGUGGACGGCUUGGUCGAUCCCAACGAGUUCCAACCGAGGGUGAAUGGGGGGUACCCCGGACCGCCGCCUCCUCCCGGGGGUCGGUUGGCCUGA